CAAUCCAAUUUGCGCGCCUUUUUCGACUGAGCAACUUGCGCAGGGUUAGGGCACUAUUUCAAUGAGGCCUGACUGUCAUGUGUCUUCGCGCUCAUCGUGAGGCACUUUCGGGAAACGAUAAUCACCGCGCGUCAUUUCGCGAGAACACAUGAGACGGAUUAUUGAAUAAAGGAGCUUCAUUGAUUGAAAUAAAAAAAACAUUUCGAGGAUUCAAUUUUGCGAGUUUCGAAAUCUCAUCUAGACUCGCGUGACCUCUGUAGACGCCGGCUGUCAAGCUGCGAUCCGCAUCCGCGGCACACAUUAUGCAGCUUCGCGCUCGCGCCGCAUGAGUGUUUUUUUCCAGUAUUCGUCUGUCUGUAUACACAAACACGGCAAAUAUAAACAUUCUUUUUGCGAACAAUCAUAUGCAUCUUUUGGAUAAUUAGAUUAGAUUUCGCGAUGGCUACAGAUAUUGAAAAAAGUCUUCUCAUCAUAGUAUUGGAUAUUAAUCCAAUGCAGAAGCUUGUUAAACAAGUCAUUACUCAAGUUUUAAGCUCAACGAUAGUGUUUGCCAAUGCUCAUUUAAUGCAGCGAUCGAAUAACAUACUGGCAUUCAUGUCCUGUCAUGAUCACGGUGCAGAAUUUUUGUAUCCCAAGGACGACAUGCCAGGUGUAAGACAAUACGAUGGACAAUAUGAAAAAUUUUCACAACUUGAGCACACAGUGCGCAAACAGAUUCAUAAAAUAGUCGGUGAAAUGCCAAUGAAACACAGUAAUGAGACUCUGAUUUCUGGUGCCUUAUCCAUGGGUCUAUGCUAUAUUACCAGACUAGAGCGGGAAAAAUAUGCUGGAGAAAAAAUAAAUUCGAGAAUGAUUGUAAUAACUGGAAGUGUAGAUUCUGCUACACAGUAUAUGCAUUAUAUGAAUAUAUUUUUUACUGCUCAAAAGAUGGGAAUAAUUUUGGAUGUAUGUAGUUUGGAACAUGAACUCACUUUACUUCAACAAGGUUGUGAUUUAACAGGAGGUAAUUACUUGAAACUACCACAAAAUAAUGGAAAACCAAAUAUACCUGGACUGUUGCAGUAUUUAAUGUGGAUAUUCCUACCAGACCCGGCAAUAAGAUCCAAAUUAGUUUUGCCACCACCCGUAAAAGUAGAUUAUAGAGCAGCUUGUUUUUGUCAUCAGGAGUUAAUCGAUACUGGAUAUGUUUGUUCAGUAUGUCUUUCAAUUUUCUGCAAAAUUAGACCUAUUUGCACCACUUGCCAUACUAUGUUUAAGGUCGCUGUCCCGCUGGCACAUAAACCAAAAAAGAGGAAAAAAGCCAUUGAUAUGGUACAAUAAGUUAAUUAGAUUAUUCUGUAAAUAGAAUGUUUUACCAUUGCUUCGUAAUGAGUUCAACUCAUUGACCUAAUCACACAUGUAAAUAAUACUGUAUUUAUUUGAUAUCAUUAACCAUGCAUUAUGAAUCAUUAAUAUAUUUAUGAUUAUUAUUAUUAUUAUUUUGUUUUUGAAAUUCUUGAUUUGUUGAGUACAAAUUGUUAAGUUAGUCAAUAUAGACUGAUUGUCAUUUGUAUGAUAUUAAGAAUUAUUUUGAAUUAAAAAUUUUUUUUAAAAACA